AUGAAAGAAACGAUCAUGAACCAAGAAAAGCUCGCCAGGCUCCAGGCCCAAGUGCGCAUUGGUGGCAAGGGUACUGCCCGCAGAAAGAAGAAGGUUGUCCACAGAACAGCUACAGCAGAUGACAAGAAACUUCAGUUUUCUUUAAAGAAACUGGGUGUCAACAAUAUUUCUGGAAUUGAAGAGGUAAAUAUGUUUACUAACCAAGGAACAGUCAUUCACUUCAAUAACCCUAAAGUUCAGGCAUCUCUGGCUGCUAACACUUUCACUAUCACCGGCCACGCUGAGACAAAGCAGCUGACAGAAAUGCUUCCUAGCAUCUUAAAUCAGCUUGGAGCUGACAGUUUGACCAGUCUGAGGAGAUUGGCAGAAGCCCUACCCAAGCAACCUGUGGAUGGAAAAGCACCACUUGCUACUCAUGAUGAUGAUGAUAAUGAUGAUGAAGUUCCAGAUCUUGUUGAAAACUUUGAUGAAGCUUCAAAGAAUGAGGCAAACUGA